AUGAUAGUGAUAUUAUUUCUUUCUCUUAUUACGUGUAUUUUGUCAAUGGGAAUUGAUCAUGAGACAUUAUUCCUCUCUCUUAUUACGCGUAUUUUGUUAAUGGGGACUGUGAAUGAGGCAUUAUUUCUUUCUCUUAUUACGCGUAUUUUGUCAAUGGGAAUUGAUCAUGAGACAUUAUUCCUUUCUCUUAUUACGCGUUUUUUGUCAGUAGGGAUUGAUAGUGAGACAUUAUUCCUUUCACUUAUUACGCGUAUUUUCUCAAUAGGGAUUGAUAGUGAGACAUUAUUUCUUUCUCUUAUUACGCGUAUUUUCUCAAUGGGGAUUGAUAGUGAGACAUUAUUCCUUUCUCUUAUUACGCGUAUUUUCUCAAUGGGGAUUGAUAGUGAGACAUUAUUUCUUUCUCUUAUGACGUAUAUUUUGGCAAUGGAGAUUGAUAGUGAGACAUUAUUUCUUUCUCUUAUUACGCGUAUUUUCUUAAUGGGGACUGUAAACGAGACAUUAUUUCUUUCUCUUAUUACGCGUCUUUUAUACAAAGAAAUGACUGAAUCAGAAAUACUAAGGGUCCAAUACUUGGCGAUAAUUGCGGCACAUCCAUAUCUAUCUAUCUAUCUAUCUAUCUAUCUAUCUAUCUAUCUAUCUAUCUAUCUAUCUAUGUCAAUUUGUUUUUAUCUAUCUAUCUAUCUAUCUAUCUAUCUAUGUCAAUUUGUUUUUAUCUAUCUAUCUAUCUAUCUAUCUAUCUAUCUAUCUAUCUAUCUAUCUAUCUAUGUCAAUUUGUUUUUAUCUAUCUAUCUAUCUAUCUAUCUAUCUAUCUAUCUAUCUAUCUAUCUAUCUGUUGAAACUUGA